ACGACCGAAGAUAAUGAUAAGAUAACAACACCUACUCAGAGAUAAAGUGUUACCCAGAUUUAUUUUAGUCAUGAAGUUAUUGUGAAAAUGGAGGAAACCAGGAACAGGCCAGAAAGACGGGAGAGGGUGGAAGACCUUCAUUUGGACAGGGUGGUGGCAUCACAACCAGAAAUAGGACCAACACCACCUGACGGUGGUUAUGGAUGGUUGAUAUUGUUCGCUGCAGUGAUAUACAAUGUUACAGCACCAACCUUAUUGUUGCUAUAUGGAUUAGUGAUUUUGAAGUCACUGCGGGAAGAAGAUCAUGAAGAGGGUGAACGAUUACGUAUUUGGGAUUUAGAUACCGCUUUGGUGCCAGUUAUUUUCACUGUGAUACGUUUGUUAUUAGAGUCAUGGUGUAGGGCAGUGGCGAAGACGUUUAACAUGCCGCGUUUUACGGCACUGUCUGGAUUAUGUAUGACCGUGGCUGGAGUUCUAUUAUCAAGUUACGCGACCAGUAUCUAUUCUAAUGACCACAUUGUGAAUAUAUUUGCAGGGAUACUAAUUGGUAUCGGUUGCGCAUUAACCGGCCAACAGACAGACUUGAUUAUCACACACUACUUCCGAGAAAAGCUGACUAUAGCUCAACGCAUAAUCAAGGUGGCACCUGUGAUAGGAAAUGUCCUUAUGCCUCUACUGAUUGGCUAUCUCUGUACCAUUUACUCAAGCGAAAUAGUCGUCAUGAUAUUUGGAGCUAUAAUAAUGCAAAAUUGCGUGUUCCUGGCUUCAUACACCAGACCCGUAUACAUAGAAAGGGUGAUACGUACUACAUAUAACAUGAUUCGCGAUGGAGCUGAAGAUGACGAUGAAGUCAUAUUUUCGAACCAAACAGAGACAGUAACUAGAACUAAUCCCGUAGCAACACAAGACGAAGAUGCUAACGACGUUGUAGUAUUCAAAUCCAGAGAAAACGCUAGAGAGAUAAUGGAUCCUAACGUUGAAAGUGGCCAGAGUAGAUUCUCAUCAGAUUUCAGCGCAAUGUUCGAUAGUUCAAGAUCCAAUAGGUUUUCGUCAGAUUUCGGAGCAUUGGACGUUACCAGUUACAGUCGUAUAAGUGGGUAUCAAGAGUUGGAGAGUAUAGAUAGAGAGGCUCAACCUCAGCCUUUGUAUAGAGAGACUACGGUGAAUGCACCAUCGAAUGGUCUUGUGUUUGCUGCAGAAGUAACGCCAGGUACUGCAAGGCGUACUGCGUUCUUGAAGAAGAACUUGAUAACAGUGGUUAAUAUGCUGAAGGAUUUGAACUUCUAUCUAUACACGCUGCUACAUUUGUGUACCACGUAUAGUGUUCUAGUGUUAAGUGUUGUUUUCCCGCCAUUGAUGUGGGAGCAGAAUCCAAGUUUAAAUGUUUGGACGAUAUCAUCGUUAACAUCAAUAGCGCACGCCGCUGCUCUGAUUUUUGUAAUUCUUUGCGUAUUCUUGCCUGAGAAUAUAAACGAAAAGGCAAAAUUAUGCACUGUAUUUUGUGUAUGCGGCGCAAUCGGAUUCUAUGGUGUUACCCUAUCAUCGAACAAAAACUACCUAGUAGUUUGGUGCAUGUUUUCCAGUCUCGCCACAGCAACGUGCGGUGUUUUACAACAAUCUUUAUACAGUAGUACAUUAAACGAAUUUAGUACUACUGCUACAGUUACUACUGCAAAUACUAUUGUAGCCAUUAUUAUUAUGAUUUGGGCCGUUUGUUACAGCUACGCGUAUCGCACGUGUUUCUUUAUCGCAAGUCUGUUACAGACUGUCACGGCUGCCGUAUUUUUAGUUGCGUCGUUUAGGCGACGGAGGUAGUUUUAGAUUUCUAGCGUAGAGUUAUUAAAAUUUAUUUUUGACUACCUUUCCGCCUGCGGCAUCCCCCUCAAUCUUAAACUUAACUAAUUAUAUUCUAAAACCUUCCUAUUAAAUCACUGUAUCUAUCAUAACGCCAUCAAAAUCUGUUUCGUAAUUUUAAAGAUCUAAGCAUACAGACACAAACGGCGGAAAGCGACUUUGUUUUAUACUAUGUAGUGAUUUAUGUUAAGUUUAAGUUACCAAUUUGAAAUGUGCUGCUUAUUGCAGUACAAUCGAGGCUGCACACAUCUAACUUAUUACGCAAUAGAUGUAUUAUAUUUUUUAUUUAUUAUAAAGAUAAUGUUAUAGAUAUAAAACUAAAAUAUGCGUGGAAUAAUAAUUUAUUUAUAAGAGAUCAUAGUUAAUUGAUGGAUAAAUAAUGUACAAGCAUAAAUUCAUAAGAUACAGGAAUAAAAUCAAAUUACAUAUAUCAUUGACAUACAGAAUAUAAUUUAAUAAAUAAUUAUUAAAUCUAGGCGGUAAAAUAAGCUAUAGUUAUAAUAAUAUUUAUA